AUGUCUGUGGCACGGUCUGGUGGAGGUGGAGGUGGUUUUGGAAGGCUCAUCGGAGGAGGUGGUGGAGGUUUUGGCAGUGGUUUUGGCAGCAGGAGCCUCUACAACCUUGGUGGUAGCAAGAGGAUAUCCAUCGGUGUUGGAAGUAGCUUCCGAGCUGCUUUUGGGAGUGGAGCUGGUGGUGGCUCUGGCCUGGGAGGUGGAGGUGGUGGUGGCGGAGCUGGUGGCAGUCUCGGGCUUGGUCUCAGUGGUGGAGGUGGUGGGUACGGCUUUGGUGGAGGUGCCGGUGGGCUUGGCUUUGGUGGUGGACAGGGAGGUGGUGGGGGGUUUGGCUUUGGAGGAGUAGGGGGGCUGGGAGGAUUCAGUGGAGGGCUGGGUGGUGGCAGGAACCCAGCGGGAUUUGUUGGUGGUCCACCUGGAGUCGGUACAAUCCAAGAAGUGACAGUCAACCAGAGCCUCUUGGCACCACUGAACCUGGAGAUAGAUCCAACCAUCCACCAGGUGCGAAAAGAUGAGAAGGAGCAAAUCAAGACCCUCAACAACAAGUUUGCUUCUUUCAUUGACAAGGUUCGCUUCCUGGAGCAGCAGAACAAGGUGCUUGAGACCAAAUGGACCCUCCUGCAGGACCAGGGUCAAAAAAACAACUCAGGCAAAAGCAACCUGGACCCACUUUUUGAGGCUUACAUCAACAACCUGAAACGGCAGCUGGCCAACCUGCUCAAUGAGAGAGGACGCAUGGACGGGGAGCUGAAGAACAUGCAAGACCUCGUUGAGGACUUCAAGAACAAGUACGAAGAGGAAAUCAACCGACGCACAGCAGCGGAGAAUGAAUUUGUGGUGCUGAAGAAGGAUGUGGAUGCUGCUUACAUGAACAAGGUGGAGCUGGAGGCCAAAGUGGAUGCCCUGACCGAUGAACUCAGUUUCCUCCGAGCCCUCUACGAUGCGGAGCUGGCUCAGCUCAGUGCACAAGUGUCCGACACCGCUGUCAUCCUGUCAAUGGACAACAACCGGGACCUGGACCUCAGCAGCAUCAUAGCUGAAGUCAAAGCUCAGUACGAAGACAUCGCCAACAGGAGCCGGGCCGAGGCGGAGGCCUGGUACCAAACCAAGUUUGAGGAGCUGCAGGCCACAGCUGGGAAGCACGGGGACGACCUGCGCAACACAAAGGGGGAAAUCUCGGAGCUCAACCGGCUGAUCCAGAGGAUCCGGUCAGAGAUAGAGAACACGAGGAACCAGUGUGCCACCCUGCAGACGGCCAUCGGAGACUCUGAGGAGCGCGGAGAACUGGCCCUCAAAGAUGCCAAGGCAAAGAUGAUUGACCUGGAAGAUGCUCUGCAGAAAGCCAAAGCUGACAUGGCCCGGCAGCUCCGCGAGUACCAGGAGCUCAUGAACGUCAAGCUGGCCCUGGACAUUGAGAUCGCGACCUACAGAAAGCUCCUGGAAGGAGAGGAGAGCAGUCUAAGCGGAGGCGGCGGCGGCGGUUUUGGUCUUGGAGGAGGCAGCGGCGGCAGUUUUGGUCUUGGAGGAGGCAGCGGCGGUGGUUUUGGACUUGGAGGAGGUGGCGGAGGCGGUUUUGGUCUUGGAGGAGGCAGCGGCGGUGGAGGCUACAGCUUUGGAAGCGGAGGACUUGGACUUGGUGGUGGUGGUGCCGGUGGUGGAUACGGCUUUGGUGGAGGAGCUGGCUUUGGUCUUUGCUAUGGUGGUGGAGCAGGCACCGGUUUUGGCUUAGGAGGAGCUGGUGGUGGUGGCGGCUAUGGGCUGGGCAGCGGAUUUGGGGUGGGAGGUCUCGGUGGAUUAGGUAGUCGAGGUGGCCCUGGGUUCCCUGUUUGCCCACCUGGUGGCAUCCACGAAGUGACUGUCAACCAGAGCCUCCUGGCACCCCUCAAGCUGGAUAUCGACCCAGAAAUCCAGAAGGUGCGAACACAGGAGCGGGAGCAGAUCAAGACCCUCAACAACAAAUUUGCCUCCUUCAUCGACAAGGUGCGCUUUUUGGAGCAGCAGAACAAAGUGCUGGAGACCAAGUGGAGCCUCCUGCAAGAGCAAGGUCACACAGUCACCAGAAAGUCCCUCGAGCCCCUUUUCGAAGCCUACAUCAACAACCUCAGGCGGCAGCUCGACAGUCUUAUGGGAGAGAGGGGACGGUUGGACUCGGAACUGAGGAACAUGCAGGACAUGGUGGAAGACUUUAAGAACAAAUACGAAGAUGAGAUCAACCGGCGCACUGGUGCAGAGAACGAGUUCGUGGUCCUCAAGAAGGAUGUGGACGGUGCUUAUAUGAACAAGGUUGAGCUGCAGGCCAAAGCAGACGCACUGGCAGAUGAAAUCAACUUCCUGAGAGCUCUCUACGAAGCGGAAUUGUCCCAGAUGCAGCAGCAAGUGUCUGACACCUCCGUGGUGCUGUCCAUGGACAACAACCGAAGCCUGGACCUGAACAGCAUCAUCGCAGAGGUCAAAGCGCAGUACGAGGAUAUCGCCAACCGGAGCCGGGCGGAGGCUGAGGCUUGGUACCAAAACAAGUACGAGGAACUCCAGGUCUCGGCCGGGCGGCACGGCGACGACCUGCGCAACACCAAGAUAGAAAUUUCAGAGAUCAACCGGAUGGUCCAGAGGCUGCGGAAUGAGAUCGAGAGCGUGAAGAAACAGUGUGCCAACCUCCAAGCAGCCAUCGCGGAGGCGGAGGAGCGCGGGGAGAUGGCCCUCAAGGAUGCCAAGGCCAAACUGUCUGAGCUGGAAGAUGCUCUGCAGAAGGCUAAGGCCGACCUGGCCCGGCAGCUCCGGGAGUACCAGGAGCUAAUGAACGUCAAGCUGGCCCUGGACAUCGAGAUCGCGACCUACAGGAAGCUGCUGGAGGGAGAGGAGAGCAGGCUCGCCGGAGAGGGAGUCGGAGCCGUGAGCGUCUGUGUCAGCUCCAGCACGGGAGGCAGCGUGAGGAUCGUUUCCAAGACCACCACUAGCAAAAAGACCAUCAGAUAA